AUGGCUUCACUCACAUCCUCUUCCAGUCCUUGGACUAUAACCCCCAGUCCAAUGGAUGAUGUUCAUCCCAACUUUUUAAUUCUCAAGCACAAGGUCGACACCGUCGGCGACAAGGACGGCCCUUUCGUGGCCUUGUUUAUCAGGGGCUCAAAAUCCAAGGCCCGAUGGGAAGGAUGGGUUGACGAGAGAUUCGUCCACGAGCGCGAUGAAGCAAAGCUCCUCGCCUAUUGGCAGCGAGUUGGGGGACGAGAUGCACAAGGCGUGAGGGACACCUGUCCCCUACGAAUCCUGUAUGCUCAUCGCCGCAGAGAGAGUGGGCAGGUCACUGAAUACUUCGUCCAGUACGUUGGAUAUCCUGACGACGACGCUAUAAACCAGUGGGAGCCGGAGUCGAAGGUUCUGGAAGCUCAGUGGGACUGA